GAGUUUUGUCAAAAGAGACGGCCAUGGAUCCCCAAAGACCCCCAGGACGUCGCCAUACCACUUUUUUGGAUAAUCUAGGGGCUGUAAGAGUUCUUGGAAGUCCAAUUGCGAGCUUUGGACGUCAACUUAUCGUUGGGAACCCCGAAUUUGACCAAGACAAGUAUUAUGAAGAUCUUGUUACCGAGACUAGACGAUCAAAAGUUCAGUCCUUUCGUGACCCGCCACCUUCAUUUAGAAGCGUAGAACAGCGAAGUUCCACAGAAAUAUUUUCCUACAUCGAGGAUCCAUUUGAUGACCGUCACACGAUAAGAAAUCUUGAAGAAAACAAUCCGCGGAAGCAGCCAAAUUUCGAGGAGGAACAAUAUCAUAUUGCUACGAGGAAAGAAAAAUGGUUGGUAAUUAUAACGAUAAGCGUCGCUGGCCUUUUCUCCGGACUUUCCAGGUAGGUUCCACGUCUAGAGAUGGUUCUGAGGAAGUGGGUGAUACGUGCUGAGCCUAUGCCAACGAGGGAUCUAGUAACAUUUAUUUCCCCUUGCUUGAUGCGGUCGCCAAAGUUUGUGCCCCAGUUAACUUGAAAUCAAGUCUUUCAUUAACCUCGUUCAGGACCUUGGGGUUACUCUUGCGGCUGUAUCGCUGACAAUUACAUCGUAUUUGAUCAUUCAAGGAAUAUCACCGGUUAUUUGGGGUGCUUUUUCAGAUACCGUCGGGCGUCGACCAAUUUACAUCGCGUCCUUCAUUAUUUCCAUUUUAUCAAACGUCGUAUUGAGCUUCACGCCCAAUUUUGCGGUACUCGUCAUCUUUCGAGGAUUACAGGCUGCCGGAAGUGCAAGUACAGUUAGUAUUGGUAGGAGAUCUCUAUCAUAUGGCAUAUGUAAAGCCGCUAAGUUGCUCUCUCCGAUAGGCAACGGAGUUAUCCAAGAUAUAUCACCACCUUCUGAACGUGGCGCCUUCAUCAGCUUCUACCAAGCCAGUGAGUACAAGGACUUUAUUGAACCUUUCCUCACUGGAAUCAAACUUCUGACCUUACUGUUACUUAUAGUUCGAAACAUUAGCAUAGCAAUAGGACCCAUAUUAGGAGGCGUCUUGUCCCAAUCUUUUGGAUUUAGGUCUGCUUUCGUCUUCCUCUUAAUUAUGUCGACAAUCGUCAUCUUGGUCAUUAUCAUAUUCUUGCCAGAGACCAUGCGUUCUAUUGCAGGCAACGGAACGAUUCGCCUCGAUGGCAUAUAUUUGCCACUAAUUCGAAAAUUUCGAAAGGAACCUUCUUACAUAACAGAACCUGAUGAUACCAUAAUUAGAAACAAGGUGACGUUUCUGACAUUCAUAGAACCACUCAAGCUUCUCAAGGAGAAAGAUGUUUUGUGCAAUCUAAUUUUUGGUGGGGCUAUUUAUGCCGUAUGGAGUAUGGUCACGGAGAGUACGACCGCGCUCUUCAAACAGAACUUUGGGUUGACGGAGCUCUUGCUGGGAGUGGCAUUUUUGCCUAAUGGUAUAAGCUCCACCCACACGUUUCUUCGACUUUGACUAACGACUGAGAAGGGAUUGGGACGAUGUUUGGUUCGGCAAUUGCUGGGAAACUGAUGACGGAAGAUUAUCGAGAGGCGGAGAGGUCCUAUAAGACUUUGCAUGGCUUCCCACCCGAUUAUAAAAUUCCGCCCAAUAAUAUUCCUACAGACUUCCCAACAGAGCAUGCACGAUUUCGUCAUCUCCCGUGGAUCUCGAUGCUGUUCACCAUCUCGACAGGGGCGUAUGGAUUCUCGUUAGCGUUUCCUACUGCUAUCUCAAUGCGAGGCUGGAUAGCAGUGCCUCUGUUCCUUCAAUUCCUGAUCGCAGCAACGAGUAACGCCGUCUUUUGCCUCAACCAAACUCUAGGGUCCGACCUGUGCCCCGGAAAAGGUGCUAGUGCAACGGCCAUCAAUAAUUUAGUUCGCUGCGCACUUGGUGCUAUCGGGGUGGCAGUCAUCGACACAAUGAUUGAAAAUAUGGGUCCGGCUUUGACGUUUCUGGGGUUGGCAUUUGUUGUGAUCUCACUAAGUCCCCUGCCUGUCGUUGUGUGGUGUUUCGGCCCUGACUGGAGGGCCAACAAGGCGGCGGCACGAAAGGAAAAUCUCGAACUCGACAAAGGGAAGCUU